AUGGCCUUCAACUUCAACUGGUCGCCUCUCACGGCCGACGCUGAUUUCUAUCAGCGCGCCAGGGACCUCCUGACACAGGCGCUCAAUAAGUCGCCUAAGCCUCCCAUCAUCGUCGACGACAUUCUCGUCAGCGAGUUCAACCUCGGCACCGUGCCCCCCGAUCUGGAGAUUCUCGAGAUUGGCGACCUCGCCGAGGACAGAUUUCGUGGCAUCUUCAAAAUGUGCUACUCGGGUGAUGCCUUUUUGACGCUCAAGACCCGCGUUCAGGCAAACCCACUCAAUACCUACCUCGACUCGAAGCCUUCCUUCACUUCGCCACAACCAUUGGCGGCCGCUUCCAGCCUUACAAUGCCCGUCGCCAUUUCCCUGUCCGAGAUUAAAUUAUCGGCAUUCAUCAUCCUGGUCUUCUCCAAGCAAAAAGGCCUGACCCUGGUCUUUCGUAAUGAUCCCCUCGAAUCCCUCAAGGUAUCAUCGACGUUCGACUCGAUUCAGUUCGUCCGCGACUACCUCCAAAGAACCAUUGAGCAGCAGCUGCGCAACCUGAUGAUGGAAGAACUGCCUGCCAUUAUCCAUCGUCUGUCAUUGCAGUUCUGGUGCGCGGAUCAGAACCAGAAAGGCACCGAGACACCAGCUGCCGAUGUCGACAAUCAGGGCAUGGAUCCUUUCUCUAGUCCUCCCGAGGACCCUGUCGAUUCCCAUGGCAAUCUUCUCGAUAUCAAUGCUAUAUCGGAAUUGACUCUACACGGCGGAGAAAUGCAAUAUCUCUUUUCGCAAAAGAACUUGCUGCGCCUGGCCGCCUUGACCGAUUCGCAUCGCACUCUGUCGCUCUUCACGCCGGGUAUUCGUGACGUUGUCUUUCGUGCCUGGUCUGGCCACGCCGACCACUCUGACACGACAAGCCCUGCUGUGGCUACGCCGAGCUUGGCCAAGACGUACUCGCUCACGGGCGGCGCCAGCACCACAUACACCUUUUCCGACACGGGCAGCGCUUCCCAUGGCUACAUGCCUGUCCGCCCGUCGCUGUCUACUUUCAACUCGAGCAAUGUUCCUCUUGCUGCUUCGGCGUACCGGUCCCGUCCCGGCCGCAAGAAGAAGACUCGUGUUGUCAAUCUCCGCCGCUCACGCUCCGAGGCUGGCUCCAGCGACAACAUGUCCGACACAUCGGAUACCGCCUCUGUCAAUGUUCCCUGCUCUGAGCCGCUGAUCACCUCGUCCAUUCCCGAAGAAUCCGAGGAUAGCCGGGCCGUCUCAGAGGAUCUACAUGCCAGCAAGGUUCGCUUCAGUUCGGAGAAGGAGCGGGCUCAAGAAAAGACAAGCAACGACCACAUCAAAUCGCACCAACGCAACGCCAAGCAUUCCAAGUCUCCCCUCUCCCAGAUUCACGAGGCGGGUGAGCAAGGCCCCGCGCAAUAUGUCAAGGAGAAGCUCGCCAUGCGCGACAGCGCUUCCGCCACCUCGGACACGUCGUCGGUCAUUCUCGAGCAGGCCUGGAUCAUGAAGAUGGCCGGCGAGAUUGCCCGCCGCGUCUACGACGAAAAGCAGCGUCAUGGCGUUUCCGGCGAGGGGUGGGAAGAGAGCGCUGAGCGUCCCCCGCCCCCUGCCUAUGAGGCUGCCAACUAA